ACUCAUUAUUAGUUCAUAACAAAGCAUUGCUCAUAAAAGGGAAGUAGGAGAGAAGAUUUUUCUUUCUCUAGAAUGGAAACUUUGAUGAAGCAGAUAAGAGGAGGAGAAUAAAGCUGAUCGGCGUGGUAGCAGGGAUCAGAAAAUACCAUUACAGAAACCCCCAUCCUUCAAAGAUAAGAAAAAGGUCCAGAAUUGGUUUCAGAGACAAUUUUCAAGGAAAAUGAGUCAUGACUAUGAGUCCAUAGAAAUGGAGCAUGCUACAGCAGUUGCUGCCGCUGCAUUCGCAAUUUAUUCACUAGGGGUCUCAGAAAUUCCACAAGAAAUGAAAACCAGGGACACCACAUUGCCCAAGACCACUAGCAAGGUCGAUUAUCCAAGAUCUCCAAUGUCUCAUUUUGGUAGUGCAUCCAAGCGAUUAUCAGGCUCAUUUAAAACCACCAGAGACCAAGGUAACAAGGCUACAGAGAAUUUAAAGAAGCCUGAAAAAACUAUCACCCCUGCAUCAUCAAUGAAAAGGACAUCAACUUAUAGUGAAAAAUUGAAGAGCAAAAUUGAUGAUGAAAAACCUGAGAUCCCAGCCCCUAAAAGGAUUCCAACCUUUGGUGAUAUGAACACUGAUGAUAUAAAACCUGAGACCCCUCAACCGAAUGUUCCUCCCCCAGUUCAACAGCCCGUGUCUUUAAAGCUGCCGCCGCCACCACCACCACCACCACCACCAUCGCCGCCACCAAUCAAGCAGACUUCAAACCUUGCAAGACAAAGCACCAAGCAAAGAAAAGCAGAUGCUUGGGAGAGGGAGGAACUUGAAAAGAUCAAAGAGAGGUACGAGAACUUGUUAGAGACCAUAGCUUCAUGGGAAACGAGGAAGAAGAUGAAAGCCAGACGCAAGCUAAAUAAGCAUGAGCAAAGUGACAAUGAGCGAAAAAAGGGGAAAGCUUUGAGGAAAUAUCAAGAAAAGAUGACGUAUAUAGAUCAGAUUGCAAAUGGAGCAAGAGCCCAAGCAGACGAAAGACGAAGGAAUGAAGUAUUUAAAGCAAAAGAGAAGGCAAAUGUAAUUAGAACAACAGGCAAGAUUCCAGGGCCAUGCUCCUGCUUCUAAUAACUCCAAUUAUGUGUGUAACUUGACUCACUCACUGACUCACUUUCGGUAACAAACACAAAUAUGUAAUUAUUUGUAUCACAAUUCUAUGAUUUCUAUUUGUACACCUCUCAGUACUCAUUAGCAGUCUGGUAAUCUCC